CAUAUCUAUGUUUUCCAUAUAUGCUAUUAAUUAGAUAAAGAAAGAGUUGACUACUGUCAGAUACAUGUCUUUUCUAUUGGACUAUGCUAUACGCUUUGGGUUAUUUAAAUGGGUGUUCUCAUGUUAUGGACAUGCAUCCAUUUUGUGUUCUCUUGUUUCUAAUGUCUUCAGUAAUAAUUUGGUGAAAAUGAGGGACGGUUUCCUUUUGAUCAACUUUCUUUGAUCAAUUUUUCUGACUAAGUGUACGUUCGCUGCUGCCGACAACUCUCUGUUGGAUGGAUUCUCUUUCUCCACCCUGCGAUGUUCCAAGGUGGUCCAAGCUUCCUUCAGAUCUCCUACACAUGGUGUUUGAACGUCUAGGGUUUUCAGAUUUUCAACGAGCUAAAUCUGUUUGUCCAUUUUGGCGAUCAGCAUCCAUAGAGUCAGCACCAAACAAUCAGAUCCCCUGGAUGAUUCUAUUUCCAGAAAAAGGUAAAGAUUAUUGUCUCUUUUUUAAUCCAGAGGAAAACAAUAAAACAUAUCGAAUUCAAGAUCUUGGCGUCAACUUUGCAAAUAGCCAUUGUUUGGCUAUUUGUGGAAGUUGGUUCUUUAUGCGGGAUCCUCGAUAUAAGCUCUAUAUUAUGAAUUUAUUCACCCGUGAGAGGAUCGAUCUGCCGUCAGUGGAGUCACAAGUUGGCAUGUUAUUGAUCGAACGAACCACGGAUGAUAUGUUCCUAGUAACAUCUAAGGAAGGUAUUGGUUACAAAUAUAAUCAAGAAGACUUGCGGAUUGACUUGCCUUUCUUUUGGAUUGACCAGAAAACCAAAGAUUAUUUUGUUACUUGUUAUCUUGAAGGCCGAGUUACGGCUUAUGCUGAAAAUGGAGAUAAAUUUUGGAAACAAGCGGACCUUAAGAUCUCGGGUGACGUGGUAUACAAAGAGCAUAAGCUUUACUUGUAUGAUUAUAAACGUGAUGUCAAAGUCUUUGAUUUUUCUGGAGAUAGUCCACGAAAAAUCGUUGAAACGCAAGUUAAUCAUGAUCCACUUUGCACAAAGGGAAUGUCACGUCGUGUUUACCCAGAGCUUGGUGAUGUGUGGGAUAUCAAGGAUACACAUCUUGUAGUCACGGUAAAAGGAGAAUUCCUGAGAGUAAAGAGCAUAGUAAAGAGUGAUGGUGAUGUUUGGUCCUUCCGCAUCUACAAGAUGGAUUCAUCGCAAAGCGAGUGGGAGAAGAUUACUUCUUUGGGGGACGAGGCAAUACUUUUGGAUCAACGUACCACCUUGCUUGCAAACGCUGUCCAAGGAAUAAAAAGAAAUUCUAUAUAUUUCAGUGGUAUUCAUCAUGACUAUGUAUUUCACCGUGUUUGGAGUGAAAAAGAUAUCUUGAACUAUAGUCUCGACACACACAAGAUUGAAAGACCACCUCCAAGUUUUUUUUCUAACGUUCAAUCAUCUCAUGCUCGAUGGUUUGUACCAAAUUGAUUUAUAUCUUUUCAGUGCUUUUAGACUUGUGUCUCUUUUAUUUUGCAAGUGUGAAAGUAAAAUAUAUCAUAUGAUCUUUGUGUUUGAAUUUGGAAUAAUAUGAAAUUUAGAUCACAUCAUGAAACUCGCAAGUGCUUUGUUCCUUGUAGUACCAUAUACAAUGGUUUCAACACUCUUAUGUUUCCCUUUUUAACAUUCUUCAUCAUCUUCUUUCUCUUCCACUUCAUUUAUUCAACACUCACUUCAUUCUAUAUUCUUACAAUCGUUUUGUUUUGAAAAGUUCAACACCCUACCCGUCAACUUUUAAUUCAUAUUUUUAUUUUUUAAAAUAUAAGAAUUACAUAUUAAUAAUUAAUUUAAAACUAAAAUAAAAUAAAUUUUAAAAAUAUUUAUUGUAAAUUCUUAUACUAAGCUUAUUUUUUAAAUAAUACCAAAAACAAUAUUAAUAGAAAAUUAAAAUUAAGAGCAUAUUCAUUUUUAAGUUAGAUAUUUACUUAAUUUUAUUCAAAAAUAUGAAACUUAAUAAUAUAAAAAACUAAAACUGAAUCAUCUGCAUUUACAUCUGGAAUGGAUUCACUAACACCGCUCAUGCGACCAAGAGUUAUUUGUGUAAAGAAUUCGAGAAAUUCAGUUGCUCUCGAAACAUUUUCAUCACUUGUUGGAGUAGAAGAAAGAGGAGGUGUUUGAGAAAAAUAUUGCAUCUUCGAUCCAUAAUUUGGAGGAUAAUUCCGAACGGAUAUGUGAUGAAGAAAUUUGGUGAAAAACCAUAAUUUGGUAUAUUUUGGGAUUGGUUGGAAGUUUUGUUUUGAAAUUGAUAAUUGUUAGGAUUUAGAAAUUGAACGAAAAAUUAGAAGAGUUUUGGGUGUUAAAAGGAUUAUUAUUAGGAUCCAUUUAACCAAAAAAAAAAGUUUAAAACACUAAAAUAGUUUAUUAUAAUGAAAAUGAUAAUUUUUUCUGUAUCCAAAUGAAAUGAGAGUAGUCUCUAUUUAUAAAUAAAAAAAAUUGAAUUUUGAUAUAGUUUUGAUAUUUUAAAAACUAAUUUUAUUAAUAUAAUAAACAUAUUUGAAUAAUUGAGUGGGGAUAAAUAUCAAGUGAAAUCUGUCCAGCCAAUGAAAGUAAAGCAUUUAAAUCUUAUCGAGAUUUAAUAUAAAAUAAUACCAAAAUAAAAGCAUGUAUAUCUUAUCCAGAUUUUAAAUAAUACCAAAAUCAAUAUUAAUAAAAAAAAUAAAAUUAAGAGCAUAUUCAUUCUUAAGUUAGAUAUUUACCUAAUUUUAUUCAAAAUAUGAAACAUAAUAUUAUAAAAAAACUAAAACUGAAUCAUCUGCAUUUACAUCUGAAAUGGAUUCACUGACACCGCUCAUGCUACCAAGAGUUAUUUGUAUAAAAAAUUCGAGAAAUUCAGUUGCUCUCGAAACAUUUUCAUCACUUGUUGGAGUAGAAGAAAGAGGAGGUGUUUGAGAAAAAUAUUGCAUCUUCGAUCCAUAAUUUGGAGGAUAAUUCAGAACGGAUAUGGGAUGAAGAAAUUUGGUGAAAAACAAUAAUUUGGUAUAUUUUGGGAUUGGUUGGAAGUUUUGUUUUGAAAUUGAUAAUUGUUAGGAUUUAGAAAUUGAACGAAAAAUUAGAAGAGUUUUGGGUGUUAAAAAGAUUAUUAUUAGGAUCCAUUUAACCAAAAAAAAAGUUUAAAACACUAAAAUAGUUUAUUAUAAUGAAAAAUGACGAUUUUUUCUGUAUCCAAAUGAAAUGAGAGUAGUCUCUAUUUAUAGAUAAGAAAAUUGAAUUUUGAUAUAAUUUUGAUAUUUUAAAAACUAAUUUUAUUAAUAUAAUAAACGUAUUUGAAUAAUUGAGUGGGAAUAAAUAUCAAGUGAAAUCUGUCCAGUCAAUGAAAGUAAAGCAUUUAAAUCUUAUCGAGAUUUAAAAUAAAAUAAUACCAAAAUAAAAGCAUUUAAAUUUUAUCCAGAUUUUAAAUAAUACCAAAAUCAAUAUUUAUAAAAAAAUAAAAUUAA